AUGAACUACCAGGCGGGCGGCGGGCAGAGCCCCGGGCAGCAGGCGGCGGCGGCGGCGGCGUCGUCGUCGCAGAGCCUGGCGGCGCCGGGGUCGUCGGGGUCCGGCGGGCCGCAGCCGCAGUUCGGCCUGUCCAACUCGUCGGCCAUCCGGGCCGAGAUCGGCCGCUUCGAGUCGGUGCACCCCAACAUCUACGCCAUCUACGACCUCGUCGAGCGCGUCGAGGACUUGGCGCUCCAGAGCCAGAUCCGCGAGCACGUCAUCUCCAUCGAGGAUUCGUUUGUGAACAGCCAGGAGUGGACCCUGAGCCGGUCAGUGCCGGAGCUCAAAGUGGGGAUUGUGGGAAAUCUGUCCAGCGGGAAAUCUGCUUUGGUGCAUCGCUACCUGACGGGCACCUACGUGCAGGAAGAGUCCCCGGAAGGGGGCCGCUUCAAAAAGGAGAUUGUUGUGGAUGGGCAAAGCUACCUGCUGCUGAUUCGUGAUGAAGGGGGCCCCCCUGAGCUGCAGUUCGCAGCCUGGGUCGAUGCCGUGGUGUUUGUCUUCAGCCUGGAGGAUGAGAUCAGCUUCCAGACCGUCUACAACUACUACUUGCGCCUCUGCAGCUACCGCAACACAUCCGAGGUGCCCCUGGUGCUGGUGGGCACGCAAGAUGCUAUCAGUGCCACAAAUCCCCGGGUAAUUGAUGACUCCCGAGCCAGGAAGCUGUCUAAUGAUCUGAAGCGCUGCACCUACUACGAGACAUGUGCCACCUAUGGGCUGAAUGUGGAGCGGGUCUUCCAGGAUGUGGCCCAGAAGGUGGUGGCCCUGCGCAAGAAGCAGCAACUCUCCAUCGGGCCCUGCAAGUCGCUGCCCAACUCUCCCAGCCACUCUUCCGUCUCGGCAGCCUCCAUCCCCUCUGUGCACAUCAACCAGGCUGCAAACGGGAGUGGAGCCUUCAGCGACUAUUCCUCCUCAGUGCCCUCCACCCCCAGCAUCAGUCAGCGGGAGCUGCGGAUCGAGACCAUUGCCGCCUCCAAUACCCCCACCCCCAUCCGCAAGCAGUCCAAGCGCCGCUCCAACAUCUUUACAUCUCGGAAAGGCACGGACCUGGAGCGGGAGAAGAAAGCCCUGGACUGCAAGGCAGACAGUAUCGGCAGCGGCCGGGCCAUCCCCAUAAAGCAGGGAGUUCUCCUGAAACGCAGCGGCAAGUCUCUGAACAAGGAGUGGAAGAAGAAAUACGUCACUUUGUGUGACAAUGGAGUCCUGACCUAUCAUCCCAGCCUGCAUGACUACAUGCAGAAUGUCCACGGGAAGGAGAUCGACCUGCUGAGGACCACCGUCAAGGUGCCUGGCAAGAGGCUUCCUCGGGCCACCACCGCCAGUGCCCCCAGCGCCAGCCCCAAAGCCAACGGCCUGCCAAAGGAGCGCAGCAGCGGGCAGUUUCCAGGAGGUUCCAGUGCGCCCCACUCGGCCAGCAGCACCUCCCUGCACUCAGAGCGCUCCAGUGGCAACCUGCUGGGCUUCGGCGUGAAGCUGGAGGGCCUGCACCAGCGCUCGUACUCCGUCUCCAGCGCAGACCAGUGGAGCGAGGCCGUGGCCGCCCCCAGCGGCACGCCCAACCCCGCCAACGGCCCCUCAGACUCCCUCACCUCCAGCCCCAACAUGUCCAGUGGCGCCAGCCCCAAGGUCGAGCCCCCACCAUCUCCCCACGCCAACCGGAAGAAACAUCGCCGAAAAAAGAGCACAGGCAGCAGCCGGCCGGAGGGGGCCAACGCUGCGGCUGAAGAGCAAGACGAGUCCUUUGAGUUCAUCAUUGUGUCUCUGACGGGCCAGACGUGGCUCUUCGAGGCCUCCACGCAGGAGGAGCGGGAGCUCUGGGUUCAAGCUGUGGAGAGCCAGAUCCUCGCCAGCCUCCAGAGCUGUGAAAGCACCAAGAACAAGGCUCGGCUGGGCAGCCACACCGAUGCGCUCGCCCUCCAGUCCGUCCGCACUGUGCGCGGGAACAGCUUCUGCGUGGACUGCGAUGCGCCCAACCCUGACUGGGCCAGCCUGAAUCUGGGAGCCCUCAUCUGCAUCGAGUGCUCGGGCAUCCACCGCAACUUGGGCACCCACCUAUCGCGCGUCCGGUCCCUCGACCUGGACGACUGGCCCCCGGAGCUGGUGGCUGUGAUGACGGCCAUUGGAAACACGCUGGCCAAUUCCAUUUGGGAGAGCGCCAUGGAGAACUACCCCAAGCCGGGCCCAGAGAGCUCCAGGGAGGAGAAGGAGCGCUGGAUCCGGGCCAAGUACGAGCAGAAGCUUUUCCUGGCCCCCUUGCCGCACUCGGAUAUUCCCCUGGGGCAGCAGCUCCUCCGGGCUGUGGUGGAGGACGACCUGCGGGCCGUGGUCACUCUGCUGGCCCACGGCACCAAGGAGGAGGUGAACGAGACCUACGGAGACGGGGAUGGAAGGACCGCGCUGCACCUGUCCAGCACCAUGGCCAAUGUGGUCUUCACCCAGCUCCUCAUCUGGUACGGAGUGGAUGUGAAGAGCCGGGAUGCCCGAGGACUGACCCCGCUCGCCUACGCCCGCCGUGCCGGCAGCCAGGAAUGCGUGGACAUCCUGCUCCAGCACGGAUGCCCCAGCGACUCCACCACGGCCUCCCUGACGCCCAGCCUGCCCCGCCGAAACAUCAACAACAACUCCUCGGGCACGCUGCCAUUAGACCCUUACCCUGCGGCCCACUGA